UCACUGGACCCGGGGGCAGGAGAGCGGACGCUGCGCAGUAUGGGGGACUCGGACAUGGACUACAGCCUCGUGCUGCCGGAGCCGCAGGGUUGUCGGUGGGACCAGCAAAGAGAGCCGGUAGUGAUUCUCCUGGGCUGGGCCGGAUGCAAAGACAAGCACCUGGCAAAGUACAGCGCCAUCUACCAGGGCGAGGGCUGUGUCGUGAUCCGUUUCACUGCCGCCUGGCGCACGGUCUUCUUUGCGGAAUCCUUCGGCCUCCGCUCGCUCCGGGAUCAGGCGAAGAAACUGCUGGAGCUUCUGUUUGAUUACGAGAUUGAUGAGAAUCCGAUCGUGUUCCACGUGUUUAGUAAUGGCGGCUUCAUGCUAUACCGCUACAUGGUGGAGCUGCUGCGCUCCCACCGCCAGCUCAGCAGGCUCCAUGUGGUCGGCACCAUAUUUGACAGCGCUCCUGGAAACCGCAAUGUGCUUGGGUCGGUGCGUGCGCUGAAUACAGUCCUCGCCCCCGGCACCAGUCGCCCGCUGCGCUACCUGGCGCUGCUGCUGUUCACCGUCAUGGUGUUCGUCCUGAGAAUCCUGCUGUAUCCCGCCACGCGCUUCCUGCACGAGAAUCACUACGAUGCCAUGAAGAGCGAUCCUUCCCUCUGGCCACAUCUCUACCUCUACUCCCGCAGCGACAGAAUCAUCGCACGCAGCGACAUCGAGAAUAUGGUGGCUAUCAGGCGGCGCCGGCGACUCACCACACAGUCCGUAGACUUCGAGACGUCGGAGCACGUCAGCCAUUAUCGCAGGUAUCCGGAGAGGUACGCCGCCAUCUGCCGCUCAUUCCUCAUAGACUGCGCCAGCAAAGCGUCCGCGUUCAGCAGCGAGAUCCCCUCUUUCUAGGCGAUGAGCCUGAAACCACGGCCGUUAUAAUGGUGAAAGUGCCUUCUGUCGUCAGCCUCAAGCUGCAAAACUUCCAUUGUGUAGCGCUAGAAACUUUCAUCUUGAAGCUUGAAAAUCGGAAACAAAAACUAUCCUGGAAUCCAGCGCCCUGCGCCAAAUCCUGAUUUAUCUCUAGAACAUUGAGAGCUGACAGAUGUCCAAAUCUCGUUAUAAAACCUUUCUACCUGCAGCCACCACUAGAGGGAGCUCACUACAUACAGAUUAUAUACAGCCACCACUAGAGGGAGCUCGCUACAUACAGAUUAUACAGCCACCACUAGAGGGAGCUCACUGC